AUGCAUUUGGAUAAGCAAGCAAAUGAUAAAGAGAGACACGAUAAGAAUCAUACAGCAAUCGAUAUUCCUUCCCAGAAAAGUUCGAAAUCAUUAGACGUUGACGACUUAUAUAACAAAGAAAAACAUGAUUUAGAAAAAUUAGAUUUAGAGCAGAUAUAUGAAUUAUUCGAUGCUACACCAGAUGGUCUUAACGACACACAAGUAGCUGAACGUGUUCAAAAAUUUGGACCAAACAAACUUGAAGAAAAGGAACGUAAUCCAAUUCUACAAUUUUUAUUAUUCAUGUGGAAUCCAUUAUCAUGGGUUAUGGAAGUGGCUGCGUUUGUGGCAAUUGCUCUUAGUAACGGCGGUGGGCAACCACCAGAUUGGGAAGAUUUUCUUGGUAUAGUUUGUUUAUUAGUUAUAAAUUCCAUUAUUGGUUUUGUGGAACAACAGCGUGCUGGAAAUGCUGUUAAAGUUCUAAUGCAGUCAUUAGCCCCUGAAUCUCGUGUAAAACGGAAUGGUCAAUGGGAGACAAUUGAUGCAUCCGAGCUUGUGCCCGGUGAUGUAAUCGGUGUUAAAUUAGGCAAUGUUAUUCCUGCUGAUGCGCGAAUUACAUCAGCCCAGGGAGAAAUUUCAGUUGAUCAAGCAGCUUUGACGGGCGAAGCAUUGCCAGUUAAAAAACAAAUCGGUGAUGAAAUAUUUUCAAGCACAACAUGUAAACAAGGUGAAGCAGAAGCCAUAGUUAUUGCAACUGGUGUUCAUACAAAUUUUGGUCGUGCUACUCAACUUGUCGCUGGAGCUCAAGAUGAGAUGGGUAGUCAUUUGCAAAGGAAACUUGCCAAAAUUGGCAAUUUUUGUAUUUGCACUAUAUUAAUAUUUAUCGUGGCUGAAAUUAUUGUUCAAUAUGCUAUCUAUCAUUACCCGUAUCGACGUGGGAUUGAAAAUAUCCUUGUGCUACUUAUUGGAGGAAUUCCAAUCGCAAUGUAA